AUGGAUAUUGUUGUGCAGCCGAAUAUUCACACCUACAAAUCUGCAUUUUUCAUGAUAAGCGAUAUCAAGGAAAAAAUUACCCCGGAGACUGCUGAGGUCUUGAUAAGCAUACUAUGCUCAUGUUUCGGAAUCAGUAUUUAUGGAAUAGCGAUUCAUUUCAUCUACAGAUAUUUUGCGUUGGAGAGACAAGGAAAGCUGAAAUAUUUCAAUGGAAAAUACUUGAUUCUCUGGUUCCUAGUUCCCCUUACUGCUGGUUUUGUCUGGUUUUCAAUAACCAUACUUCUUCUACCCGCUGAUCAAGAGAAAAAUGAAUACUUAAGAGAAACUGUCAAACAGUUUUUCGACUUUGAUAUGAAGGAUACAAUGUACACCGGUGCAGUGUUUCAUCUUCCCGAUUCCUCAACUGGAGGUUAUCGAAUCAACUGGAACAGUUUCUAUGGAUUUUUCGGAUAUUUUGUAGUUAUGACGAUUCCAUUCAAUGUGAUUAUGGUAGCUGGGUAUAAGAGUUGGAAGCAAGUGAAGGAUGUCAGGGCUUAUGGAGAAUCAGAAUAUUCGAGAAGUAUACAAAUACAGUUGUACAAAGCAUUGAUUGCACAGACAGCCAUCCCAGUAUUCCUCCUUUUCCUCCCAUUCGGUUUUCUAUUCGUCUCCCCAAUUUUCGAACUGAACUGUCAAUUUCUCUCUGCUCCUUGCACAUUCUUGUAUGCCAUCUACCCAGCAAUCGAUCCAUUGCCCAUAUUCUUUUUCGUUGAAGACUAUCGGAGAGGUGUGACAGGUGUGUAA